AUGGGGGAAGAAGGCGGCGGCCGCAGCUGUGGGACCACUAGGGAGCUGCAGAAGCUGAAGCAGCAGGCGAUGGAGUAUUACCGCGAGAACGACGUUCCGCGCAGGCUGGAAGAGCUGCUCAACUCCACCUUCUACCUCCAGCCUGCCGACGUCUACGGGCACCUGGCAAACUGCUUUUCUAAACUUGCAAAACCUCCCACCAUAUGCAAAGUUGUGGGGAAAAAUGUGCUGGAUGGACUUGGGCUUCCAACCCUCCAAGUGGAAAUAUUCUGCACCAUUCAAAAUUUUUCCAAGAACAUAUGUUCUGUGGUGAUCGCGACGCACUUUGAAGCCCACGAGAACACUUCACCUGAGCUAGUUGAAGCCGAGGAGUUAGAAAGGGUGGAUGCUGUCAGUACCGCAGUGCAGUGGGUCAACGAAACUCUCACUGAGGAGCUCCACGGCCUGGUGCCCUCCAACCAGGCUGAGGUGGAUCAGGUACUCAGGACAUUCUAUGAAAAUAAAGUACAAGAAGAUAAGGAGAGAAAAGAAUUGGAAAAGAACCUAGGAGACUCAACAGCACUUUCACCCCAGCUGCUGCUACCACCACCUCCUCCUCCACCUCCAUCCAAGAAAAAAGGACAAAAGCAAGGAAGGAUGGAGACUUCUGCAGAAAAACCAAUUAUAGCUGCAGAACCUCCUGAGCCUGUCCUCUGUGGCAGCAUGGCCAUAGGGGCUGUGUCACUGGCCGUUGCCAAAACCAGUGCUGUGCUGGACAAUAAUCCUCUCUACCUGAACAUUGCAUUAUUGAAGCACCACCAGGAACAGCCAGAAAAGCUAACUAUACCUCUUCUGAUGGUGUCGCUGGUCAGCUGUGGGAAGUCAUCACCUGGGAAGCUGAAUUUGAUGAAAGAAGUGAUCUGUAUACCCCAUCCUGGAUUAACAGCUAAACAAGGUGUGGAGAUGCUUCUGGAAAUUCAGAAACACAUCAACAAAGCAAUUGAAAUGUCCCCUCCUCCAAAGCCAGAGACGAAAAAAAGUCACGAUGGAGGCAAAAGAGGCCAACAGCAGAUCACCAGCAAGAUGUCCCAUCUUGGCUGUUUGACCAUUAAUUACGACACUAUAGAGCAGCCACUGCUCCUCAUACAAGGAAUCUGUGCGAACCUGGGGCUAGAAUUGGGAACGAACCUGCAUCUAGCCAUCAACUGUGCUGCACAUGAGCUGAUGGACAAUAGUAAAGGAAAGUAUGAAGUGAUGAUGGGGACCUACAAAAAUGCAGCUGAGAUGGUUGACCUGUAUGUGGAUCUGAUCAACAAGUUCCCUUCAAUUAUUGCCUUAAUUGAUCCUUUCAGGAAGGAGGACUCUGAACAGUGGGACAGCAUCUAUAAUGCUCUUGGUUCCAGGUGUUACAUAAUUGCAGGCACCACAUCCAAAAGCAUCUCUAAACUGCUAGAGGAGGGCAGCAUCAGCAUCCUCAAAUACAGCGGGCUGAUCAUAAAACACACAAACCAAACCACGAUGUCGGACUUGGUGGAAAUAACCAAUCUCAUUGACGGUAAGAAGCUCAUCGCUGUCUUUGGAAGUACAGAAGGAGAGUCAUCUGAUGACAGCCUUGUCGAUUUGGCUGUUGGACUUGGUGUCCGGUUUAUCAAGUUGGGAGGUCUUUCUCGUGGCGAACGGGUGACCAAGUACAACCGCCUCUUUACUAUAGAGGAAGAACUUGGCCAGAAUGGAACACUGGGCUUCAAUGAAGAACACACAUUUUUCUACUGGAAUGAGGAAGCUGAAAAGGCUAGCGAGCUGCCCGAGGUCCCUGAGCCCAUCUUCCCCACAGGGGUUGUGGAGGAACAUGCCAAACUCUGA